ACUUAGAUAAAAAAGAUCUGCUUAUUUUGUUAAUGGCUGCCCUCUCUCUUCGUAAAAGAGAGAGAAAGUCAAGAGUCAUUGCGCAAUGUAGCAGGAGCUAAAUAUGACCGAUUUGAACGGUUGCCCUUCCUCUUCAUAUUUGGUGCGUAAGAGACAGAGAUGGGAAGGACCAUUUCUUCUUCAAACUCUCUGUCUGUUUCCACUUUCACUUGGUUGGAGGGAUCGAUCGCUGCCAUGGCAGCUUCCUCAUAGAGAGAGAGAGAGAGAUUCUGCCCCUGUUCCCUGCACCAGUCGCCACCUCCUUUCUAUUAGCAGGCGAAAUACAUGAGAUUUGCAUCUGAUCAGAAGAAAAUGAAAGGCACAUUUGCUCUUCCUUAUAACCAGCCUCGUCUGGCUUUCUUGUUGGCACUUCUGAUCUGCGUGUCUUCCGUCGUCGUCAACGGCAACAUCGCAGAGCACGAUGACUACUGGAAGAUGCGUGCCGAGGCUGCCCGCAACGCUUCUCUCGACUCCUACCAUGCCGACCCCUUUAAUGUCACCAACCAUUUCAACUAUGAGGUUCACAGGGAGGAAGAUGGCAACAGCACGAGGAGGAACUUGGGACGGUACACGGGCUCGUGCAUGGCCACCAAUCCGAUCGACCGCUGCUGGCGCUGCGACCCGCUGUGGAGCAAGCACCGGAAGCGGCUGGCGGACUGCGCCCUGGGCUUCGGCCGGAAGGCCUUCGGCGGCAAGCGCGGGCGCUACUACGUGGUCACCGACCCCUCCGACAACGACCUCGUCAACCCCAAGAAGGGCACCCUCCGGUACGGCGUCAUCCAGGACCGGCCGCUCUGGAUCAUCUUCAAAACGGACAUGGUCAUUCGCCUCAGCGAGGAGCUCAUCGUCAACAGCUUCAAGACCAUCGACGGCCGGGGCGCCAACGUCCACAUCGCCUACGGCGCCGGAUUCACCAUCCAGUUCGUCAACCACGUCAUCAUCCACGGCCUCCACAUCCACGACAUCAAGGCCGGCGGCGGUGGGAUGAUCAGAGAUUCGCAAAGCCACUUCGGCCUGAGGACCAGGUCCGACGGCGACGGCAUCUCCAUUUUCGGUUCUACCAACAUCUGGAUCGACCACAACUCCAUGUCCAAUUGCAUGGAUGGCCUUAUCGAUGCCAUCGAGGGAUCCACCGCCAUCACCAUCUCCAACAAUCACUUCACCAGGCACAAUGAGGUGAGUCUGAUGGGUGCACAUGAUGACUACUCAAGAGAUGCCAUCAUGCAGGUCACCUUUGCAUUCAACCACUUUGGAAGGAACCUUGUUCAACGCAUGCCCAGGUGCCGGUGGGGUUUCUUCCAUGUAGUGAACAAUGACUAUACUCACUGGCAGAUGUAUGCCAUCGGCGGCAGCCAACAUCCGACAAUCAUAAGCGAAGGCAAUCGCUUCGUUGCCCCUCCCAUUGACUACGCCAAGGAGGUGACAAAGAGAGAAUAUGCCCCGCAGUCCGUUUGGAGCCAGUGGACAUGGAGUUCAAGCAAUGACUACUUCCAAAACGGCGCAUUCUUCAGGGUGUCGGGGAAGAAGUUCAAGAACCCCUACACCAAGGCCCAGAAGAUCACUCCCAAGCCCGGCACUUUUGUCAGCAGACUCACCCGCUUUGCUGGUGCACUCAAUUGCAAGAAGCUCCUUCCCUGCUGAAGAUCAUCCAAGCUUGCCUGAAACUAGUUGGUUCCUUUUGGCAUUGAUCACUUGUUUCAUGAUUUAUAUUGGUUGAUUAGUGGUGCAUGUAACUUCUCCCCAACUACAGAGAAAUGAGAGAGAGUGCAGGUUCAUUCCUCGCAAUCGUUUGCUCAUUGUUCAAUUGGUUAUUGAUUAUUUUGGAGAAAUGCAAUGUUAUCUCAUAUCUGUGUAAGUUAUGACCCUGCAGUAUAGUUUGCGAACCGUAACUCAGACACGGAUCCACAGAAGAUUGCUGAGUUGGGUUAUACUUUUUGUCUUGUAUUUUUUUAUAAAUAGAUGAAGAAGAUAAGUUUGUGUCUGGAUUUCA